AUGACAUUACCAUUUAGAGUAAUAGCAAAUGAUCUUCACAUCAUCAUAUUGCAUAAUCAUCCUUUCGGAUUCGUGAUGAUACUCGCACUGUUAAUGCUGGUAUCAGUGAGCACAUGUGCUCGACUGGACAACACCUACCUACCUCCAGCUGGAGCAAGCCAAGCAGGCGGCGGAGCAGGCCUUGGAACUCCUUCAUUCGGAGGAGGUUUUGGAUCUAAAACUGGUGGAGGAUUUGGUGGUACUGGAGGAGGUUUUGGAGGUAGAGGAGGCUCUGGCGGAUUUGGUGGUUCUGGAGGAUUUGGAGGCUCUGGCGGAUUUGGAGGUGCAGGUGGUUUUGGAGGCGGUAGAGGUGGUGCAAGUGGUGCUGGUUUUGGAGGAGGAAGAGGUGGCGCAGGAGGAGCUGGUGGUUAUGGAGGUAGCGGUGGCGGCGCUGGAGGAUUUGGUGGUUCCGGCGCAGGAGGUGGAUUUGGUGGCACCGGUGGUUCAGGUGGAUUCGGAGGCGCUGGUGGAUAUGGAGGAUCAGGUGCAGGUGGUGGAUUUGGUGGAUCAGGCGCAGGUGGUGGAUUUGGGGGAUCAGGUGCAGGUGGCGGAUUUGGAGGUACUGGUGGUGGUGGCGGAUAUGGCGGCGCCGGAGCUGGAGGUGGUUUUGGUGGAUCUGGUGGUUUCGGCGGUGGUUAUAGUGGUAACCGUGGUGGACCUCAAAUUGAAAUUCUGAGAUACGAUAACCAACCUAAUCAGGGCGAUGGAAGUUAUUCUUACAGUUACGAAACGGCUAACGGCAUUAGAGCUCAAGAACAAGGACAAAAUCGCGGAUCUCAAGAAGCUGUUGGUUCAUUCCAAUAUACUUCACCGGAGGGUCAACAAAUAUCUCUAAGUUACACUGCUGACGAAAAUGGAUUUGUGCCACAAGGUGAUCAUUUGCCUACACCACCACCAAUCCCAGAAGCAAUCCUAAGAUCCUUGGAAUACAACGCCGCUCAUCCAGGAGAAGGUAAAAAAAUUGUCACCAGUGAUGAUGAUGGCAGUUACAGAGGAGGCGGCGGUGCUGGUGGAUACUCCGGAGGCGGCGGCGGUGGUUACUCUGGUACAAGUGGAAGUGGUGGUUACGGAGGCUCAGGAGGAGCAGGUGGUUUCGGUGGAGCCGGCGGCGCAGGAGGUUUUGGACGAGGAGGCGGAGGCGGUGGUUUUGGUGGUUCAGGAGGCUUUGGUGGAGCCGGUCGUGGCGGUGCAGGUGGUGCUGGAGGAUAUGGUUCUGGUGGAUUUGGAGGCGCGGGAGGUUCUGGUGGAUUUGGUGGAGGACGUGGUGGCGCAGGUGGUUUUGGAGGAUCUGGUGGAUUUGGCGGAGGCAGAGGUGGUACCGGUUUUCCUGGUACUUCGCGCGGUCCAAGCAAUCAAUACCUCGCACCCAGCGGCGGAGGAGCAGGAGGUUAUAAAUAUUAA